AUGAUCAAUCUGGCUAUCCAGCCUUCGGACGCAAGCGCGACGUGCCUCUGCGUAUCGUCGUUGCUUGCCUCGCUUCCGACCACGCUUCGAAGCGAGCUUAGCAUUCAAGCUUGCGCUACGCCGACGACCACGGCGCUUCUGUGGCUUCCGUCGGCGCGACUGGGCGAUACGUCGUCGGAGCUACGUAGGAUCCUGUUGGAAUGUCGGUCGAUUCGGUUUGUGCAGUUGCCCAUGACGGGAGUGGAUGAGUUUGUGCCACUGAUUCGCGAGCUGCGAGCUCGUAGGAUCGUGUGGUGUUGCAGCAAGGGGUGUUUCGGCGAGAUGUGUGCUGAGCAUGCGCUCGCACUCACGCUCUCGCUGCUGCGCCGUAUCAGUUGUCGCUCUACUACACCUGAACACGUCGAUUCUCUCGUCUCAAAGCGCGUCGUGAUCGUCGGUUCCGGUUCGAUCGCGCAACACCUCUGCACCAUGCUCGUGCCGUUUCGCUGCACCAUCACCUGCCUCGAUUCCAACACAUCGCGCUCCGACCUCGUAUCCUCGUUGAGAGACGCACAAAUCAUCAUGAUCGCCUGCGCCCUGACCCAGGCCACCUCGAACCUCUUCAACUGCUCGCUCUUCUCGUUGCUCUCGCCUUGCGCCAUCCUGAUCAACGUCGCAAGAGCCGAAAUCGUCCAUACUCCCGACCUGAUCAGCGCACUAUCCACAAAUAAGCUCCACGCUGCGGCCGCUGACGUCUUCACUCCGCCCCCCGCACAUCAACUCGACCAAAUGCAGAUGCUCAUCACCAACGCCAAACUUCUAGUCACCCAACAUUCCGCCGUACCCACAAAACUCAUAGGCUCCCUCCUCGCUCACCGCAUCCGUGCCAACCUCGAAACCCUGGUCGAGUCGCUCCAAGCCGACCAGCAAGAUCAACCAUCGCAGUCGCAUUGGCUCGGAAAAGUCGACCCCGAGAAAGGCUAUUGA